GGGGCAACUAUAUCCGGUUCAAGCAAUACAGUACACCACCCCACCGCCCGGCUAGUUCUCUGCAUGUACACGUACGACCCACGGGGAACUCUCGGGUAGGUUAAAUCCACGUUUCCGUAGAAUACACUUUGCUGCAGCAGACUGCUGACCCGACAUCGCAAGAAGUGAUUGUGAUUUAUUUGAACGUGGUGUAAAACAGAUCUGUUUAUAGUAACAGUCGACUAUUCAAACCUGGGUCUCUAUUUAUAUCGAAAGUCAGAUGUGUAGGUGAACUAGUGACAAAAUGCAACAGCCAGGUCCUCCUCCACCGGGGGGAUACAACCCUAUGAGGCAACCGGGUCCUCCACCCCCAGGGGGGUACAACCCUAACAAUAUGCAGACUAGAAUGCAACAACGGCCACCAUCAAACUACAUGAGACCUCCCUCUCCAGGGAACGUGGGACCACCCAAUGCAGGUCCUGGAGCCAAUUCCCAAGGAAUGUACAGACCUCCUGUAUCAGGAAACACAAGACCGCAGUACCCUGGUCAAAUGAUGGAUGGUCAUCUAAGGACUGGUCAAGCACCUAUGGGUGGUCCUCCACCAAAUGCUAAUCAGUAUGGCAUUAAGCCCCUCCCAGGGGCUGGGUCACCCCCAGUAGGACAAAUGCCUGUGUCAACAGGACAACAAGGUAAUUACAGGACUGGUCCACCCCCAACAUCAAGUUAUCAAACUGGUCCUCCUCCAUCAAAUGGGGUAGGAGGAUAUCCUGCCGGGCCGCCUCCUGGUCCACCUUCCGGUCCACCCGUGUCUGGGGCCUCUUCAAAUCGAUUCGCAUCAAAUGCUCAUAAUAGGUUUGCCCCUUCAAGUGGGGCCAUGACAAACUCUUUUCCAAAUGGUAGCAGUGGUCCCCCUCCUACCAGUAAUGCUCCAAUGCAGAGACUCCCCAACUCUGGCCCCCCUCCAAGUGGGACCCCGCCCAUUGGGGGUUCGAUACCUCUACCCGUGGCUCAGGUUCCACCGACGAUACAACAAGACAGACCAAGCUCGACGGGCGAUAUGAAUGCUAGUUUGAAUUCAUCAGGUCCUCCUUCAGCAAGGUCAUCGGCAGCACCAUCACCUAUCCCAUCUCAGCAAUAUGACAACUUAGAGGGCGGUAUUCCAUUUUUCCCUAAUUCACAAGGUGGUGUGCCCUCUCCUGCUGGGGAAUUCGCCCCUCAAAGCCAGUACCCUCAGCAGCCCAACACAUACACCGGUCCACCUCCUCAUGCAGGGGGACAGUACCUCGGACCCCCGCCAGCAGGGGGGCGACCUCCACAGCACACAGGUGCCCUGCCAACAGGGCCACCUCCGAUAACUGGUGGCCCUCCUAUGGGGCACAACUACAUGGCUGGUCCACCUCCUACUGGUCCUCCUACCGGUCCCCCAACAGGUCUCCCCUCUGGGCCCCCGACAGGUCCCCCGACAGGCCCCCCGACAGGCCCUCCAACUGGUCAAGAUUUAUCACGGACAAGUGGCAUUGCUGGAAAAAGGCAAUAUCCCCAACAGCCUGGCUACAUGACCUCCGGUCCUCCCCAGACUGGCAGUGGUAUGGCCCAACCUCCCACUAGCGCUGCACAGCAGCCUGGACCGUACCACUCUUCUCAGGUGGGUGGCAGUGGUCAGGGUGGGCCAGCUUCUCAGGUGCUGAAUGAUACAAUGAAGAAGGAGUCUACAACGAUGAAUGACAUCAAUGCUGGAAUGAACAACAUUCGUCUUCAAGAGACCAGACCAAUAAACUUAUUGCAGGAGAGGCACAUUGUUCCACCAAAGGAAUUCCAGCCUCCUAAACCAAAACUACAUCCUGAUUAUCAGAGGAUUCAAGUUAGCCCAGAUGUUUUCCGGUCAACGUUGAAUGCAAUACCAGAAUCUCAAUCGCUGCUUCAGAAGUCUCGACUGCCUCUAGGUUUAAUCAUCCAUCCGUUCAGAGAUCUAUCGCAUCUGCCUGUUAUCCAAUCAAGUGUAAUAGUACGGUGUCGGUCGUGUCGGACGUACAUCAAUCCUUUUGUAGCCUUCAUUGAUCAGAGGAGAUGGAGGUGUAACCUCUGCUUCAGAGUUAAUGAUUUACCAGAAGAGUUUACCUUUGACCCUGUAACCAAGACGUAUGGAGACCCCCAACGGAGACCGGAGAUCAAGUCCUCUACAAUUGAAUUCAUUGCACCAUCAGAGUACAUGUUACGUCCGCCCCAGCCAGCUGUCUAUCUCUUCCUGCUGGAUGUGUCAUUCAGUGCGGUAGAGUCUGGUUACCUCUCGGUGGUCUGUCAAACCAUUCUUGAUAACUUAGACAAGAUGCCCGGUGAUGCGAGGACAAUGAUCGGCUUCCUCACCUACGAUAGCAUGCUUCACUUCUACUCGUUGCCAGAGGGCGCCACACGGCCGCAGAUGAUGGUGGUUUCAGAUGUUGAUGAUAUAUUUCUGCCUUGUCCUAGUGAUCUCUUAGUCAAUAUACAAGAAUCUAAAGAGUUGGUAUGUGAGUUGUUGAACCAGCUGCCGGCCAUGUUCGUCGGUAACAAGAACACCCAGACAGCACUUGGACCAGCACUGCAGGCUGCACAUAAACUCAUGAAUCCUACUGGAGGUCGAGUGACAAUAUUCCAGUGUACAUUACCAUCUGUUGGAGUAGGAGCACUCAAAGCCAGGGAAGACCCUAACCAAAGGGCAACGGCAAAGAGUGUGCCCAAUCUUGGUCCAGCUACAGACUUUUACAAGAAGAUGGCUUUAGAUUUCUCUGGUCAACAGAUCGCUGCCGAUAUGUUCUUGCUAGGAGCUCAGUACAUGGACAUUGCUACCCUUGCUGGUGUUGCUAAAUUCUCUGGAGGAAGCUUUAGUUAUUACCCAGCUUUCCACACAGUUCAGAACCCCAUCCAGGCUGAGAGAUUAGAAUCAGAUCUCAAGAGAUACCUGACGAGAAAGAUUGGAUUUGAAGCAGUCAUGAGGAUACGAUGCACCAAGGGGAUGAGUAUACACACGUUCCAUGGGAACUUCUUUGUGAGGUCAACGGACCUGCUCUCAUUGCCAAACAUCAACCCCGAUGCUGGCUUUGCCAUGCAGGUAUCCAUAGAAGACAACCUAAACAGCUCAUCAUUAGCAUGCUUUCAAGCUGCUCUACUCUAUACAAGCAGUAAAGGUGAGCGUCGUAUCCGAGUGCAUACCAUGUGUUUACCUGUGACCAAUCAGCUGACUGAUCUGAUGGUAGGAGCAGACGCACAGGCAAUUUCAUCUUUACUUGCUAGAAUGGCUGUUGACAAGUGCCAAACCUCAUCCCUUGGAGAUGCUCGGGAUGCAUUAGUUAACGUCUGCCUCGACUCAUUGGCUGCUUACAAGUCAACACUAGCUAGCUCACAUACGAUGGGCGCCCUCAUGUGUCCGCCAAACCUCAGGAUGCUGCCUAUCUAUACAUUGGCCCUGUUGAAGAAUCUUGCAUUCCGCAUCGGUAUGAGCACAAAACUGGAUACGCGAGUGUUUGCGAUGGAGAUGUUCAAAUGCAUGCCGAUACUGUACACAAUGCUACACAUUCACCCAGAUCUGUAUGCAGUACACAAUCUUACUGAGGAGGGAGCAUUAUUGCUUCAGGACCAGGCCAUCCCGCAACCAAACCGUAUUGGCCUCUCAUCAGAGUACCUAAGCAGAGACGGGGCAUUCCUGAUGGACUGCGGGGAUAUCAUGUACCUCUUCAUUGGUCAGAAUGUCUCACCUGACUUCUGCAAGGAUGUUCUUGAUGCGCCAAACUUUGUUAGCAUACCAGAAGGACAGAUUGACUUGCCUGAGUUGGAUAAUCCAAGGUCUGAACAGCUUAGACUAUUUGUGAGCUGGCUUCUAGAGAAGAGACCAUACCAUGCCCCAUUAUUGAUCAUUAGGGAUGAUAGUCGAGACCGAAACCUGUUCCUGGGCCACCUGAUCCAGGACCGAUCAGAGGGAUCCAUGUCAUACUACGAGUUCAUCCAGCAUCUACAGAAAGAGAUCAAAUAGUUCCUGGACUAGUUCCUGGGGUAACCUGGUCUAGUGAAAGCUCUAUGAUAGUCUAAAUCUGAAAUCUUUGAAGGCACAAACUUACAGUCAAUGAUUCUUACUUGUGUCAUAUGUGAUUGGUUCAUGAUGAGUAUGGAAUUUUAGUUUUUAACCUAGUAGACCACAAAAUCCUGUUAUAUAAAAAAAAAAAUGAAAUCAAUUAUGCAAUUAAUUGUAAGUCUCUAGCAAACCAUGUACAAAACUUACAAUUAAUUGUGAAUAGUAAUGGUAUCAAUUUCUGUUAUUUGGCCCUUACAUUGUUAUGCCUGUGGCUAUUACCUUAUAAAGAUGGAAACCAAGUUCUUAUUCACUUCAAAGUCGUGUUAUCCAGACAUGUGAAAUCAAUGCCAACUGGAUAUUUAAUACACCCAAUGAGUUGAAAUUCUACAUAUCUCACCAACUGAAGUUUCAUCAUUAUCUUGGACCUCAUACUUUCCCAAUCUAUUUUUAUACCUAUCAGUGGCUGGUGACUUCGUAUUUGUGAACAGCUGAAGGAGGAUUAUAAUACUUGUCUUGUUUAUAGUCUUAUCCUUUCUGUACUAAAGUGAAAACAUUUUCUGUGUAAUCAAAAUAGUGGUAAUAAAUUCAUUGUACUUUCGGAUAUUUUGUAAGUUUGAGAAUUACGCUUUGCAUGAUGGUUGUGCAAUGGAAUGAUGGGUAUUAUUGUUGCUACAUGAGCAGGCAAAUUGUGGUAUUGGUGCAUUACAUGACAAGUUUUCCAAGUUUGUGGUACUGUGAAACAAAUGACCUUUGAAAGUAUUUUCACAUUCUUACUUUGUAAAAAUCUCUCCCCUGAACCAAAUGUAAGGUAGCAAUGAUCUGUAAUUUUCAUCUUUGAUGUCUUAUUAUCCAUUCUUAGUCCUACUUUUGGCACACAGAGAGUUCGAAAAGUGUGGGACUUUUAUCAGGCUUUAUGCAAUUAGUUUGCAGCUAGGUAGUUAAAAGAAUAAGAUGUGUUACUGGACAAGCCCAAUAACACAUCCAUGGUGUCAUGGUAAUCCGAUAUAUUUAAUCCACAUAACAAGAAGAUCUAAAACAUUACUAUCUUGUUUCAGUAGUCUGAGCUUUACAGUUCUUUUUAUAUUUUAAGGUAUUCACUGUUUUAAAGGGUUUCUUUGAUUAUAAUUCUCAAUGAUAGUGAGAUGGGUUUGUAUGGUUUUGAUUUCUAGAUAUAGCUUUGGAUUAUUUCCUGACAUCAAGAGAAAAAAGAAUUCACAUUCAGACAAGCACUCAGUAAUUUUGAAAUUUCCAAAAUGAUUUUGUCGUUAGUUUUGUAGGAUACUUUUUUUAGCCUCCAAAUAAGGCCAUCAGAAAGUGUCUCUUGUAAAAUGUGAAGUCAUUAUGGCCUCCAAUACAUCUUAAAAUUUUCCAAAACUCACAAUUAUUUACUCAAAGUCUGCACAAAAGUUAUAUUUUCUAAAUACUAAGGUGCAGUAAAAAACCUUCAAUGUCACUGAUGUUGGGAAUAAAUAAAAAAUGAAUUGCUGUCAGGCAAACGGAUAGAUUUCAGUACCUUGAUAUUGUUGUAUUUGAAGCCUAACACUUCAUGGAACACAUGUGGUAACUGGUGCUGUUUGAUUUGUCAUAAAAUUAUGCAUAUCAGAGUUACAAUAAUUCUUGAAUCAAGUACUUACAAUAACGAUGAUUGUUUGAAGAGCUCAAUGCUAUAAAGACAUUUUUUUACUUACCUCCAGGUCAAUACUGUUUCUAUUCAUCUCACAGUGUGAAUAUUUACUAUCUGUUUUCCAAAUACAUGGUCAGGUUAUGAUAAUAAUGAUUAUUUGUAUAUCACAAAUUGGAAUGCCUCUAGAUGGACUUUUCAACCAAUUCAAAAAUUAAAGUAUGUUUUGGUAGAUAGGGCCAUUUUAUAGGCCUUUCUGCAGGUUAUUUUUAGUGAGUACAUCAAGAAGGCUGACAGUGCGUUUUAGUACCAAGUAAAAUGCACUCACCAUUGACUGAUACGUAGAAGUUUCUGAAACUUGGCGUCAGAUUUAGGGCACUUCCAUAAAAUAAUCACCGUUCUGUACGUCUGACCCCCCAUUCAUCUCAUGUACUGCUGAAUCCAUGAUAAUUUGAGAGCAUUACCAAAUCAUAUGAACUAGAAAAAGAAAGACUAAUCGUUUCAUUAAGGUCCCACAUAGAGGGGGUCAAACGUACCUAAUUGAUAGAAUUACAUUUGUUCAUCAUGUAUUUCAUACUAUUAUGUACAUCAUUUGUCAUGUAUCAUUCAAAUAUGAAAACAAUAUCAUUACUUCUCUUUUGUAGCAAUGUGCAUCCAUUUUAUCAUAAACAGGAUAGAACGUUGCUUCAUUGACACAAAGAUUUCAUAUUGUUAAUUUAAACUAGAAAAUAGACCUUGUCUGCUGCAAUGUUUGCUAUAUUAUUUUACACGUGUUCUGGCAGUUCUAUUUCAUGAUAAUAUUAUGCAUUGCAGUUAUAGGAUAAAAGCUAGGUGAGAUCGAAGAUUUGUUUAUAUUAAUUUCAUCUCUUACAGACUUGUGAAAUUUAUUGAGUAGAUAGGGGAGAAAUGGCAUAUUUAGCAUGUGUUCUUUGAGGAACACACAUUAGGAUAGAGUAAAGUAAUAUAUUCUUGUAAGAUUUAUUAGUGCAUUACUAUUUAAUAUGAUUUUGAGUAAUAUUGUUUUUUCGUUGAAGUAUUCUUUGCCUUGAUGGUAUUUUGAGAGAUUAAUCUCUUGUUUUCAUUUUCUACAAAUAUGAACACUUUAUCAAUUUGUGGAAUGACGGUGGUUUAUUAUUUCAAGAUGUAUUUUAACUGUACAAAGCAGAGAGAGCAUGGGGUUGCAAUGUAAGCUGGGGGGGGGGCCCUAUUGCAACAUUUCAUAUUGCAGGGACACUUAAAGAGUUUGUUUGAUAAAAUGAACAUAUUCAUUUUUAUAUCCUGAAACACAAAAUGAAAGGGGCCCAAGGAAACUGCCCCCAACCCCAUCCAGGGUUUAUCAGCUUCCUAUUCUCGGCUCUCAAAAAUUCUGGAAGUUUGGAAGCAUUUCAUAAGCAUCUCGUCAGUAAUUUGUAUUUGUGCAAUGCAGAUCAAAGUCAAGCAUUUCAGUAGUUUAUAACAAUGAGUUGCUCUGAAGUGACCGGACGAUCCAUAAUAAUCAUCUCCUGCUGUAUGAGGUAAUUUCUACAUUUUCGUUUAUUGUAAAAUGUUCACUGCACAGAAAACAUUAUUUAUGACUGAGAUAUGUAUCUGCAACAUUGCUCUUUAUUUCUGUAAACUCACUAUGUUAUUGUCCACCUUUUUCAUUAAGUAUGCUUUGAUAUAUACUCACCUUCAAAUAUCAGUCAGUUGAAAUAAUCAGAUGUUUAGUUUUGUCUUCUUUUUCAGAAAAAGGUUUUUAUGAUUAAGAUACAAAUGACUUCUAUAAAAGUAUAAUUUUCAAAGUUUUCUGAAGAGUAAGACUUUGCUUUGAAAUCAGAAUUUUGCCAUUUGUCCUUAGUAAUUUUCAUUGAAACAGCAUAAGUAAUGAAUAUAUGGCAAUUUAAUGUAAAGUUCCCCCCCCCCUCCAAUAUUAUUAGAAGUGAAUCAAGAAUUCAUGGUUUUCACAACACCACUUUGGCAUAUUAAUCAGUCUCUGUACCAUUGGGUGUUCUGCUGAACAAUGUUUGCUACAAUUGGGGAUGGUAGACAAAUGCCAGAAAUAUGAGAUGAAUCCCCAUAAAAGACAGCCAUUCUUGUCUAACCUUUCAUAUACCUACCAAUAUGUAAAAUUGAAAUUACGAAGCUCCAUCUUGCAUUUGGAACCAAAUUAUGAAUCUUUAUCUUCAUUUUUAAGAAGCACUUUAUAGUGGAGAGCUUGUAUAUUACCAUUGUAAUUGCAAUGUCAUGUAAAAAGGGCUAGUGAGUCCUUGUAUGUUUAUUUGGUCAAUUUAGUACAUUAUAAUUAAAUAUUUGAACCAAUAUUGUCAUAUUGUGUAUAAGGCAUGAACUAUUUGGUAAAAUUGGAUUGAUAUAGAAGCUGGCUCAAAAGCCUAUUUUAAGAUUAGUCCAUUACACAACAAAGUUGGAUAUCACAAGAUAUAUUUAAGAAAACUGUGAGAGAAGUAUGGGAUUAGCUCCAUGCAUGGAGGAUAUAGUCUGUAUUUUAUUACACUGUUAAGAUUUGACUUAGUUCAACAAGUUUUAUGCCGCAGUAGUUUUUAAAUGACAGCAAUUCUUUUUAUCAUAUGCAUAAUGAAUAUGUGAUGUUGUACUAUUCAGUUGAGGCCAGUGAGACAAUAGAUCAUCCCAUUGAACAAAAUGUUGAUUUUUUUUUCUUCAAAUCUAAGCAAGCCAGCACUUUUUAUAUUGUAAUGAUGAUUACAUUUAGAAGUAAACUCCAUGUGGUUCCAUACAUUAAUAUUAUAUCAAUUUUAUUUGGACAGGGUGUAUUCAUAUUAGGGCUACAUGAAAUAGCUCUUCAUAAACUUUUAUUGGGAUAGUGUGAGCAACUUGCAAGUUGGUUACAUAAAGGUGCAUUCAUUAGGCUGGCACAAAACCUUAAGAAGACAUACUAUGUUAUAACAAACUAAAUGCAUAUUAGAGAAAACUUAUCCAUUAGGGAUGAAAGUUUGCCAUCUAUGAAAAGAAAAAUAAGUUAGUAGUAGUUUGAAUGUUUUAUUAUUGAAAUCCUUGCUAGCAAAAAGAAUUUCCACAUAGUGGACCAUGAAAUAAGAUUGAAUUAAAUUUAGUUGAAUUUUGGCCAAAUACAGUCUACAUGAAUCUUUAAAGGUCAGUAAAGAAAUGCAGGGGCCAGAAUAGAGAUGUGUGUUUACAAGAAAAUUGCUAAAAUCUAGUUCGGAUUUGUAUCGAAUGAUUCAUUUAAACAAUUCAUACAUUAUUGCACUGGUAGGCACAUAGCAAGGAGUGUCAUUUUGUCAUGUAUGAUGGUGGUCCCCAAGUCUGCACACCUAACGAGUUGAGUUAAGAUUUAAUAUGAAUUUCUUUUUAUUUCACAGAAUCAUUCAGUUGAUAGUGUUCCUUACAUCAUUAUGAGUUAGUGUGCCAAAUAUCUCAUAGAAAUUUGAAAGAAAUAUACGAUUUUCUUGGAAAAAUCUCCAGCAAUCAUUUUCAGAUUGAACAACAAAAUGGUGCCCCAUGUCUGCGCACCCAUUCACUUUGCACACGAUUCGGGCAUUUUGAUGAGAAAGGCUGUAUAUUGAGGCCGUCACAGGAAAUGCCAAAAAUUCAUUAUUUUUCCACCAUUUUGAAUCAGGUUCUUUAAUGAGUAUCUGUCUAUGUAUUGCAUGUGUAUAUUUUGUGUUUGUUGCAUAUCUUCUUUUACUAGAAUCGCGCAGAUAUGCGUGUGCGCAGACAUUGGGUACUGCGCAGACUUGGGGGAACUUGCCAUAGCAUUACUUUUUAUUAGAUCUUUUUAAAGAAGAUUGUGUCAACUCUGCCUUCUCAUUAUCUGCUUUGUCUUGUUGUAGUUUACUGUCAUGAAAACUUUUGCAUGAUAACUGAUUCAAUCAGGUCGAUGUAUUUUUCAACUUUUAUUCUUUUUAAUUGUUUGAGAAGUUGAUUUAAAUUCAUUCAAUUAUGUCAAGUCGGAUAUUGUGGUUUUAAUGCAUAUACAUAUUAUCUUGAAGAAUUAACAUCCUUUUUCUAACUAUUCAUGUCGAAAUGCCUUUUUGGAGGUCGUGAUAUUUCUUAUUCUAUGUUUUUAUUACGGCAUGAGAUUGGGUUGGGUUAUAUGUUAACUGUGUACAUGUCUUAAUAGUCUAUCUCUGUCACAUUUUUUGUCUUGUUUUGUUUUUUCUCUCUGUAUUUCUCUGAUAAAUCAAUAUAUCUAAUGAUUGUAAUGAAUUGAAUAAAAAUUUAUGAAACAGUAACGCA